AUGGCUUCCCAGUUUCAUCAACUUCGGAUCCUGGUCUGGAAGAACUGGCUGGGUGUCAAAAGACAGCCGCUUUGGACACUUGCCUUGAUUUUAUGGCCAGUUAUUAUUUUCAUAAUUUUGGCUAUUACCCGGACCAAAUUCCCUCCAACAGCAAAACCAACUUGUUACCUGGCACCUCGAAACCUUCCUAGUACUGGCUUCUUCCCGUUUCUGCAAACCCUCCUCUGUGACACGGACUCUAAAUGCAAAGACACACCCUAUGGGCCACAAGAUCUGCUUCGGAGGAAAGGAAUUAAUGACACAGUAUUUAGAAACAGUGAACUUCUGAGAAACCCAUCCAACCUGGAGAAGGGCAGAGAUUUAUCACUUCAGAGCACUGAAGUUCCAGAAAGAAGGCACACAACGCUGGCUGCAGUAUUUCCUAGUCCAAGUUCUGAUUUGGAAAGUGCUGGAACAGAUCAUUUCAAUGGCAGUCAAUUGCUUGCACGGAUCCUUGGUUUGGAAAAGCUGGCAAAGCAAAAUUCAACCACAGAAGAUAUAAGAAGAGAACUCUGUGAGAGCUAUCCAACAUACAUUGGUGAUUAUGCCUUCUCUUGGUCCACACUAGGAAAAAAUGUUUUUAACAAGUUUUGUCUUUCCAACAUGACCCUUUUAGAGUCUUCUCUCCAAGAACUAAGAAAUCAGUUCUCUCAGUUAUCUAAUGACCCCAACAACCAGAAGAUGGUAUUUCAGGAAUUGGUCAAAGUGCUGUCCUCCUUCUCCCAAGUGCAGAAGCAAACAGCUCUGUGGCAAUUUCUCUCUAGUUUUCCAAAUGUGUUUCAGAACGACUCAACACAAAACGAUCUAUUUGAUGUUCUUCGAAAGGCAAGCAGUGCUCUGCUGGUUGUGCAGAAGAUAUAUCCACAUGUCACAACUAAUGAAGGAUUCAGAGCCCUCCAGAAGUCUGUUAAGCAUCUGCUGUACACUCUGGACUCCCCAGCUCAAGGUGGCUCUGAUAAUGCAACAUAUAUGUGGAAUGAAAAUGAUGGACAGACACUAUCCCCAAGCAGUCUGGCUGCACAGCUCCUAAUACUGGAAAAUUUUGAAGAUGCCCUCUUGAAUAUAACAACAGAUAGUCCUUAUACUCCUUACUUGACGUGUAUAAGGAACAUCACUGACAACGUGGCCAGGGGAUCCCAAGAAAAUCUAAGACUCCUACAGUCCGCAAUUCGAUUUAAAAAAUCUUUUCUUCAAAAUGGUUCCUUUGAGGAUUACCUCCCUCUGGUUCCUGAAGUCCUAAAAUCAAAACUGUCUCAACUUCGAAACUUGACCGAACUUCUUUGUGAAUCUGAAACUUUCAACUCAAUAGAAAAAACUUGCCAGCUUUCUAAUUUGAGCUUUGGGAACCUGUGUGAAGAGAGUGCGUUUCAUGUGCAAUUCCUCGAAGCAGCAGAACUCAGCACUGACAUAGCAACUGGCUUACUGUACCAUGAUAAUAUCAUCUCUAAAAAGCUAAGGGAUUUGCUUACUGGAUAUCCCAGCAAAAUUAAUUUUAAUAUGGAUUGGUUUCUAGAAGAGGCAUUGCAAAUGAAUUACUUGGAAAAUAUCACACGGCUAAUGCCAACCAUAGAAGCCAUGCUGCAUGUUAAUAACAGUGCAGAAGCUUCUGAAAAACCAGGCCAGUUACUAGAAAUGUUUAGAAACAUUGAGGAGCUGAAAGAAGAACUGAGGAGAACAACAGGAAUGUCCAACACGAGUGUGGACAAGUUGUUAGCCAUUCCCAUCCCUGAUAGGAGAGCUGAGAUUAUUUCUCGACUGUUCUGGCUGCAUUCUUGUGAUGCCAAUACCACCAAUCCCAAACUGGAGGGUGCAAUGAAGGAAUUCUGCAACCUAUCUCUUCUGGAGAGGUCCCGUCAGUCUUACCUCAUUGGACUUACUCUUCUGCACUAUUUAGACAUUUACAACUUCACAUACAAGGUGUUUUUCCCUAGGGAAGAUCAAAAGCCGGUAGAAAAGAUAAUAGAACUCUUCAUAAGGCUAAAGGAGAUUCUCAAUCAGAUGGCUUCCAGCACACGUCCGCUGCUAGACAAAAUGAGAUCCCUGAAACAGAUGCAUCUGCCCAGAAGCAUUCCAUUAACACAGGCAAUGUACCAAAGUAACCGAAUAAAUACAGCCCAAGGAUCAUUUAGUACAAUCUCCCAAGCAUUGUGCUCCCAAGGAAUUACCACGGAGUAUUUGACUGCCAUACUGCCCUCUUCCCAGAGACCAAAAGGCACUCACACCAAGGAUUUUUUGACUUACAAAUUAAGUAAAGAGCAAAUUGCUUCAAAAUAUGGAAUUCCCACAUAUACCACGCCAUUUUGCUUCUCUCUUUAUAAAGACGUCAUUAACAUGCCUGCUGGACCUGUGAUUUGGGCUUUCUUGAAACCUAUGUUGUUGGGAAAGAUUUUGUACGCACCAUAUACCCCAGUUACGAAGGCAAUAAUGGAAAAGUCUAAUGUAACUCUGAGGCACCUGGCAGAAUUAAGAGAAAAAUCUCUAGAGUGGAUGGAUAAAUCGCCACUUUUCAUGAAUUCCUUCAAUCUGCUAAACCAGACGAUUCCAAUGCUCCAGAAUACUCUAAGGAAUCCUUUCGUGCAAGUUUUUGUAAAAUUCUCCGUGGGACUUGAUGCUGUUGAACUAUUGAAGCAGAUAGAUGAGCUCGAUGCUAUUAGGAUGAAAUUAGAGAACAACAUUGACAUCAUUGAUCAGCUUAACACACUGUCUUCUUUGACAGUGAAUAUUUCCUCCUGUGUAUUGUAUGAUCGUAUUCAGGCAGCAAAAACCAUAGAUGAAAUGGAGAGAGAGGCUAAAAGGCUCUACAAAAGCAAUGAACUCUUUGGAAGCGUUAUAUUUAAGCUCCCUUCUAACGGAAGCCAGCACAGAGACUAUGAUUCUGAAAAUGUCUCUCUUCCUCCCAUCGUAAAAUACACCAUCCGCAUGAGCCUCAAGACUUCACAGACAACAAGAAACAUAAGAACCAAGAUUUGGGCCCCAGGACCACACAAUUCUCCAUCACAUAACCAGAUCUACGGCAGGGCCUUUAUUUACUUACAGGAUAGUAUUGAAAGAGCUAUCAUUGAAUUGCAGACUGGAAGGAAUUCCCAGGAAAUAGCAGUCCAGGUUCAAGCAAUUCCUUAUCCCUGCUUCAUGAAAGACAACUUCCUAACCAGUGUCUCUUAUUCUCUUCCAAUUGUGCUUAUGGUUGCCUGGGUUGUAUUUAUAGCUGCUUUUGUAAAAAAACUGGUUUAUGAGAAAGACCUCCGGCUUCAUGAGUACAUGAAGAUGAUGGGCGUGAACUCCUGCAGCCACUUUUUUGCCUGGCUCAUUGAGAGUAUUGGGUUUUUAUUGGUCACCAUCAUCAUCCUCAUCAUUAUUCUCAAGUUUGGCAAUAUUCUUCCCAAGACAAAUGGGUUCAUUUUGUUCCUGUAUUUCUCAGACUACAGCUUCUCAGUUAUUUCCAUGAGCUACCUUAUCAGUGUCUUCUUCAACAGCACCAACAUUGCAGCUCUGAUUGGAAGCCUCAUCUACAUCAUCGCCUUUUUCCCAUUUAUUGUUCUGAUUACAGUUGAGAAUGAGUUGAGCUAUUUAGUGAAAGUAUUUAUGAGCCUCCUGUCCCCAACAGCAUUCAGUUAUGCAAGCCAAUACAUUGCACGAUAUGAGGAGCAGGGCAUCGGUCUUCAGUGGGAAAAUAUGUACAGUUCCCCAGUUCAAGAUGACACCACCUCAUUUGGCUGGCUGUGCUGUCUAAUCCUAGCUGACUCUUUCAUUUACUUCCUUAUAGCCUGGUAUGUCAGGAAUGUGUUCCCAGGGACAUAUGGUGUGGGGUCUCCAUGGUAUUUUCCAAUCCUCCCUUCCUAUUGGAAGGAGCAAUUUGGAUGUAUAGAGGUGAAGCAUGAAAAAAGCAAUGGCCUUAUGUUUACAAAUAUCAUGAUGCAGAACACCAACCCAUCUGCCAUUAAGACAAGCCCUGACUGCAUGUUUCCCUCCAACAUUGAGCCUGAACCUAAAGAUCUCACAGUUGGGGUUGCCCUGCAUGGGGUUACAAAGAUCUAUGGCUCAAAAAUUGCUGUUGAUAACCUCAAUCUGAACUUUUAUGAAGGGCAUAUUACUUCAUUGCUGGGGCCCAAUGGAGCCGGGAAAACUACUACCAUCUCAAUGUUAACUGGGCUGUUUGGGACCUCAGCAGGUACCAUCUUUGUUUAUGGAAAAGAUAUCAAAACAGACCUAAACACUAUUCGGAAGAGCAUGGGGGUCUGCAUGCAGCACGAUGUCUUGUUCAGUUACCUCACCACUAAGGAGCAUCUUCUCUUAUAUGGCUCCAUCAAAGUUCCUCACUGGACUAGAAAGCAGCUGCACGAGGAAGUUAAAAGGACUUUGAAAGAUACUGGACUGUACAGCCAUCGUCAUAAGAGAGUUGGAACACUGUCGGGAGGAAUGAAGAGGAAGCUAUCCAUAUCCAUAGCUCUCAUCGGUGGAUCGAGGGUGGUGAUUUUGGAUGAGCCAUCCACUGGAGUUGACCCAUGUUCUCGCCGAAGUAUAUGGGAUGUUAUAUGCAAGAACAAAACUGCCAGAACAAUCAUUCUGUCCACACACCACUUGGACGAGGCGGAGGUGCUGAGUGACCGCAUUGCCUUCUUGGAGCAGGGUGGGCUCCGGUGCUGUGGGUCCCCGUUUUACCUCAAGGAGGCGUUUGGGGAUGGGUAUCACCUCACGCUCACCAAGAAGAAGAGUCCAACUCUAAAUGCAAAUACUGCAUGCGACACGAUGGUGGUGACAGCCAUGAUCCAAUCACACCUCCCCGAAGCCUAUCUCAAGGAGGACAUCGGGGGAGAGCUCGUUUACGUGCUUCCUCCAUUUAGCACCAAAGUCUCUGGAGCCUACCUGUCGCUUCUAAGAGCUCUGGACGAUGGGAUGAGUGACCUCAACAUCGGUUGCUACGGCAUCUCAGAUACCACUGUGGAAGAGGUCUUCCUGAACUUGACUAAAGACUCGCAAAAAAAUAGCAAUAUGAGUUUUGAACACUUACCACAAAAGAAAAUUGGAAAUUCUGGUACCAAUGGCAUCACUACUCCUGAUGAUUUAUCUGUGAGCAGUAGCAAUUUCACAGACAGAGACGACAAAAUCCUGACAAGAGGAGAGAGGCUGGAUGGUUUGGGGCUGUUACUGAAGAAGAUAAUGGCCAUCCUCAUCAAGAGGUUCCACCAUACACGCAGGAACUGGAAAGGCCUCAUUGCUCAGGUGAUUCUCCCCAUCGUCUUUGUGACCACUGCCAUGGGCCUUGGCACGCUGAGAAAUCCCAGUGACAGUUACCCAGAGAUCCAGCUCUCCCCAUCUCUCUAUGGUACCUCAGGACAGACAUCCUUCUAUGCGAAUUCUCACCCAAGCACAAAGGCACUGGUCUCAGCAAUGUGGAAUUUCCCUGGCAUUGACAACAUGUGUCUGAAUGCCAGUGACCCGAGAUGUUUAGAGAAAGACAGUCUGGGAAAAUGGAACACCAGUGGAGAACCUAUCACUAAUUUUGGUGUUUGCACCUGCUCAGAUAAUAUCCAGGACUGUCCUAAAUUUAACUAUGCCCCGCCUCAUAGAAGAACUUACUCUUCCCAAGUAAUUUAUAAUCUCACUGGGCACCGUUUGGAGAGUUAUCUUAUAACAACUGCUAAUGAAUUUAUGCAGAAAAGAUAUGGUGGUUGGAGUUUUGGACUGCCUUUGACUAAGGACCUUCUUUUUGAUAUAACAGGAGUUCCUUCAAAUAGAACGCUUGCCAAGGUAUGGUAUGAUCCAGAAGGCUAUCACUCCCUUCCAGCUUAUCUCAACAGCAUGAACAAUUUCCUCCUACGAGUUAACAUGUCAACAUAUGACGCUGCCAGACAUGGCAUCAUCAUGUACAGUCAUCCUUAUCCAGGAGUGCAAGACCAAGAACAAGCCACAAUCAGCAGUUUAAUCGACAUUUUAGUGGCACUCUCCAUCCUGAUGGGCUACUCUGUCACCACUGCCAGCUUUGUCACCUAUGUUAUAAGGGAACAUCAGACCAAAGCCAAGCAGUUGCAGCAUAUUUCAGGCAUCGGUGUGACAUGCUACUGGGUGACAAACUUCAUUUACGACAUGGUCUUCUACUUGGUGCCUGUAGCAUUUUCAAUUGGAGUCAUUGCAAUUUUCAAGUUACCUGCCUUCUACAGUGAAAAUAACCUAGGCGCUGUAUCUCUCCUACUUCUGCUCUUUGGGUAUGCAACAUUUUCUUGGAUGUACUUGCUGGCUGGGCUCUUCCAUGAAACAGGAAUGGCCUUCAUCACUUAUGUCUGUGUCAACCUGUUUUUUGGCAUCAAUUCCAUUGUGUCCCUGUCAGUGGUAUAUUUUCUUUCUAAGGAAAAGCCUAAUGAUGCGACUUUGGAACUUAUCUCUGAAACCCUUAAGCGCAUUUUCCUGAUUUUCCCACAAUUCUGUUUUGGCUACGGUUUGAUUGAACUUUCUCAACAACAGUCAGUCUUAGACUUCUUAAAAGCAUAUGGAGUGGAAUACCCAAGUGAAACCUUUGAGAUGGAUAAACUAGGUGCAAUGUUUGUGGCUUUGGUUUCUCAGGGCACCAUGUUCUUCUGCUUGCGACUCUUAAUCAAUGAGUGGCUCAUAAAGAAGCUCAGACUGUUCUUCAGAAAAUUUAAUUCUUCCGCUGUAAUGGAGACAGUAGAUGAAGAUGAAGAUGUGCGGGCUGAGAGAUUAAGAGUCGAGAAUGGGGCAGCUGAAUUUGACUUGGUCCAACUCCAUUGUCUCACUAAGACUUACCAGCUUAUCCACAAAAAGAUUAUAGCUGUAAAGAACAUCAGCAUUGGAAUACCUGCUGGAGAGUGCUUUGGUCUUCUUGGGGUGAAUGGAGCAGGAAAGACCACUAUCUUCAAGAUGCUGACUGGAGACAUAAUUCCUUCAAGUGGAAACAUUCUCAUCAGAAAUAAGUCUGGAUCUCUGGGUCAUGUUGAGUCUCGCAGCUCCUUAGUUGGCUACUGCCCUCAGGAAGAUGCCUUAGAUGACUUGCUAACCGUGGAAGAACAUUUGUAUUUCUAUGCCAGGAUACAUGGAAUUCCAGAAAAGAAUAUUAAAGAAACUGUUCAUAAACUUCUUAGGAGACUUCAUCUGAUGCCCUACAAGGACAGAGCUACCUGUAUGUGCAGUUAUGGCACAAAAAGAAAAUUAUCCACUGCACUGGCCUUGAUAGGGAAACCUUCUAUUCUACUGCUGGAUGAGCCAAGCUCCGGUAUGGAUCCUAAGUCAAAACGGCACCUCUGGAAGAUCAUUUCAGAAGAAAUACAGAACAAAUGUUCUGUUAUCCUCACCUCUCACAGCAUGGAAGAAUGUGAAGCUCUUUGCACCAGGUUGGCCAUUAUGGUGAAUGGAAGGUUCCAAUGCAUUGGAUCUUUGCAGCACAUAAAAAGCAGGUUUGGACGAGGAUUUACUGUCAAGGUUCACUUGAAGAAUAGCAAAUUGAACAUGGAGUCCCUGACAAGGUUCAUGCAGCUGCACUUUCCAAAAACAUACUUGAAAGAUCAGCACCUUAGCAUGCUAGAGUAUCAUGUGCCAGUCACAGCAGGAGGAGUAGCAAACAUUUUUGAUCUGUUGGAAACCAACAAGGCAGCUUUAAAUAUCACAAAUUUCUUAGUGAGUCAGACUACUCUGGAAGAGGUUUUCAUCAACUUUGCCAAAGAUCAAAAGUCCUAUGAAAUCACUGAUACUAGUAGUCAAAGUUCUGCCAUAAGCAUCGACUCACAGGAUGGUCGAACAGAAUCUUAG